GAAACCGCCACCCCACCAUGGAUGGGGAGGAGCAGCCGCCCCCUCGGGAAGCUGACACGGAGCCUGAUGUGACGUCAGGGCCUUUGGAGCCAGUGCCCACGAUGCCCUCUGGAGAGCCCCAGAGCCUGACCGACACAGAUGCCUUCCACCUGCUGCUGGAGAUGAAGCUGAAGCGGCGUUGCGAGCCACCCAGUCUGCCCCCCACCGUGACCCAGCUGGUGGCCGAGGACGGCAGCCGGGUGUACGUGGUGGGCACAGCCCACUUCAGUGACGACAGCAAGAGGGACGUCGUGAGGACCAUCCGGGAGGUGCAGCCGGACGUGGUGGUGGUAGAGCUGUGCCAGUACCGCGUGUCCAUGCUGAAGAUGGACGAGAGCACGCUGCUGCGCGAGGCCAAGGAGCUCAGCAUGGACAAGCUGCAGCAGGCCGUCAGGCAGAAUGGUCUCAUGUCUGGGCUCAUGCAGAUGCUACUGCUGAAGGUGUCCGCGCACAUCACCGAGCAGCUGGGCAUGGCGCCCGGUGGCGAGUUCAGGGAGGCCUUCAAGGAGGCCAGUAGGGUGCCUUUUUGCAAGUUCCAUUUGGGUGACCGGCCCAUCCCAGUCACCUUCAAGCGGGCCAUUGCCGCGCUGUCCUUCUGGCAGAAGGUCAAGCUGGCCUGGGGCCUGUGCUUCCUGUCGGACCCCAUCAGCAAGGACGACGUGGAGCGCUGCAAGCAGAAAGACCUGUUGGAGCAGAUGAUGGCGGAGAUGAUCGGCGAGUUCCCCGACCUGCACCGCACCAUCGUCUCGGAGCGGGACAUCUACCUGACCUACAUGCUGCGCCAGGCUGCCCGGCGCCUCGAGCUGCCUCGCGCCUCUGACGGUGACGGCCGCCCGCCAGGCGUGGGGCCCCUGGGACACGCGUCUUCUGGCCUAUGCUGACCCCGCCCCUUCCCCACAGCUGAGCCCAGGAUGUGCAUCCCCUCCGUGGUCGUGGGCGUCGUGGGCAUGGGCCACGUGCCCGGCAUCGAGAAGAACUGGAGCGCCGACCUCAACAUCCAGGAGAUCAUGACGUGAGACCC